UCCACAAUUCUUCCGGAAUGUCGCCAUUCGCUAUUGUUUACAGAAAAAUUCCAAAGCAAGCACUUUGACUUGGUCAAAUUGCCGAAUGCACCAGGUCCAAGCAUAGCAGGGGGCAACAUGGCUGAUCAAGUUCAUUCUGUUCACGCAGAAGUAAAGAAGAGACUUGAGGGGGCUAAUGUGAAGUCCAAAGCUGCAGCAGAUAAAUUGUGUUCCAAGGAGAUAUGGUCCUAGUGAGCACCUACAAUAAAUUGAAGCCGACGAAAUAUUGUCCCUACACAAUUCUGAAAAAGAUAAAUGAUAAUGCUUAUGUGGUGAACCUUCCUGAUAGCAUGUCAAUCUCCAAAACAUUUAAUGUUGUGGAUCUUUAUAAGUAUUAUCCACCAGGAGAGCCACUAUAUCCCAAAAUUCACUAGAGGAUGAGUUCUCUUCAAGUGGAGGGGACUGAUGUAGAACAAGUCGUCGAAGACUUUAUGGAGCAGGUGGAUCGCCAAUGGUCCGAGAAAGCAAAUAAAGGCAGUAGUGUUUUUUUCCUUUAUGGAGUCUAUUUUGAAUAAGAUUCCUUGGAGGUUUCCUGUAAUCACUACUUCACUUAGUUAGCUAAAUUUUCUGUUUAUCUGUUUACAUCUUUUUUUUGGAUUAAUUAAGAAAUCUAGUCCUAGUGGGUUUAGGAUUUGUCUCUCUAUAAAUCAGGUUCUAGCCUUAUUGCAGGGACUCCUUAGCCGAAUAAAUCUUCAUUGAAAAUUCCUUAUUUUUCUGAUGGAUUUCAGGUUUUCUUCCAGUUCGCAAUGGAGUUCGUCUUGCUAGAACAUAUCUAGUCUACUGUGUAUCCAUAAUUCUGAUGUGUCAGCAUGUCUUAGCAGUUGGGAAUGUCAACUGCAUAAUGCUUGUUUGGGCAAAGCUGGUUGGUGCUAGCAAUGCCUACCAAGAUGGGUUAUUAGUGUUCAAUUGUUCCUGGUUUUGGUUAUAAUAGGCUGUUUCUCUUUCCUAAUCUUAUCUUACCCUCCCCCCCCUCUUUUUCCCGUACGUUGACAAAGUCCACACCUUAAUUCCUAUGUAUGGGUUUACUCUAGCUAUAUGCACCAAAUAAAUAGAGCUACAACAUCUUUUAUAAGGAUGAAAUAUGAGGUUAAAAUUGUGAGAAAUUUUGAAUGUCAUCAUUCCCGUCGGAAUCAUAAUAACACGACUUCAAGAGUAUCCAAAUGAAGUAUGCUUUCAGUAUCUACCCCUUAGAAUUUUUUCAUGUGUUUUGAAGAUAAAUUGUGGAAGGCUCUUAUUUUGAAGCCUUCACAAUUUCUAGGGGCUGCUUCCUGAAAUUUUCUCUGACCAUUGGUCCUAAUAUGCCAUUGAACAAGGAGAUGUAUGUUUCUUUUAACAAUUCACUUUGGCUUGAUGGAGAUUUUGUGGUAUUUCCUCGUGCUUAUAGCAGCACCUCAGCAUGAUUUAAGGCACUUAUGCACAAGUGGUACAUGCACUGAUAUUGGCCGCACAAACACAUCAUAUUGAACAACUUGCUGCUGUCUUGUAUCAAUUAAUGGCCCAGCUUUUUUCUUGAAUGCUUUCAUCACUUAUCCUACUUAGUUCUGUCUCUUAUCCAUUGGAAGUUCAAAACUGUUUAAUAACAUACGUGUAGUUGUUUUCCUGAAAUCCAUGUCUCAGUUCUGUUAACACUAUGUAUCAUCAUUUCUGCAAAUGCUGGUAUGAGUAUUUUAUGGUUUUUAUUGAUCUCGUUGCAUUCAGUGGAUUUGUUUCUCUGCAUUCAGUAAAUUUGAAGUUUAACAAAAAGAAACAGUUUUUUACGUAAGCAGAUCAUAACUAUCCCAUAUGUAAGAACUUGACUGUUUGAGAACUAUAGAAUCUACCUGCCUUCUGGUCUAUUUAAGGUCUAAGGAGAGAACAAUAGAACUGCUCAAUUCUGAUCUCAUCGAAGCAGGCAAUCAUUUGAUAUGAACUUCUGUUGGACAUGACUUUGCGGGGAAAUUUUGUCUGCAUAAACACAGAAAUAGUCUUCUCUUUCGACUUGAAUGCCAAUUAAAUUAUUUUUGUCAACUUCGCUUUUAAAGGGUUUGACAUAAGCCGAAUGGCUUGUUCAUUUUUGUAUAACAGGUUGCCAUAGAUCCGAAAAGAUUUUUGGGCCUUCACUCAGUUGCUGAUGCAGUUGA